AUGCCGGAGGUGACGCAGGACGGGGAGGGCGCUCCUCAGAAGAAGAAGACCGUGAAGAAGGUGCGCGUCCCGACGCAGGAGUUCACCAUGGAGGCUCCGAAGGACGGCGUCCAGGGGAUUCUGGGCCAGCUUGGUCAGCGGGAGAUAGACCCUCAGACGGGCAAGCUCGUGGGCCCCGUGCCAGGAACAACCAUGGAUCCUGAUCUGGCUAUUCCGUGUUUCGUCAAGGGCUUCGGCGCGGGGUUCGCGUCGUUCGUCCUCGGCUGGAUCUUCGGCUUCGGGAAGACCGUCUUCACGCACCGCGGCGGGGGCCGCCUGAACGCGUGCUGGAGGGAGGGGGUGUCUUCCGGGAAAGGGUUUGCGCUGGUGGGGGGGUUGUACUCCGCGUUCGGGUGCUACUCGCAGCGGCUGCGGCAGAAGGACGACGCGGUGAACUCGGCGGUCGCAGGGUGCGCCACGGGCCUCGCGCUCGGGUACGCUGGCGGGCCGAUCAUGGCUGGACAGUCGUGUUUGGGCUUCGCGGCGUUUUCGUACUUCUUCGAUCGAUGGAGCGCGAAUAACGACAAGGCCGUGGCCGCGGAGAUGGGGUGCGGCGGUGCGGAGGCGGCGGGGCGGCGGGCGGCCGCGGGGACGGUGCGGGGGCUCGGGAGGGCGAUGGCGGGCGCUGCGGUGCGCGCCAGGGCGGCGCACGAGGCGCUGAGCGCGCCCGUGGUCGACGUGGACCUGCUGCUCAAGUCCGCGUUCCACAUGCUGCAGCCGUGCCGCGGGCAGGGCUGCUUCGUGUCGGUCGGGCCGCGGGACGUGCCGCGACUUGACUAG